AUGGUAUACUCAAAAAUAUUUUCAGAUCUUCCUGAAUUAACAAGUGAAAUUAUUCAAUACUUUCAGAAUGAUUUUUCAACGUUACAUUCGUGUGUUUUGGUUAAUAGAUUAUGGUGUCGUUUAUCAAUUCCAUUAUUGUGGGAGAACCCAUUUUUAAAGAAAAUUGUUGGAAACCAUCACUUUAUUAACUUUUACUUAAGUAAAUUAAAUGAAGAUGACAAAUUAAAAUUGAAAGAACAUGGAAUCAUAAUUCCUUCGAGUACACUUUUUAAUUAUUCUAGUUUUAUUAAAUGUUUAAAUAACCAAUACAUUUAUUCUUCUAUUUUUCACUACGCAAAAAUUUUAAAUUUUUACAAAGAUAAAAAAUUAUUAAAUUUUAUUUACCUGUCAUUGAUCAAAAUAUUUAUUGAAAAUGAAGCUAAUUUACAUACCUUUGAAAUUUCUCAGAGGUACUAUAUUAAUAACGAAACUUUAUUUCCAUUAAUCCUAGAAUAUCCAAAAUUCAUUUGUAAUAUUAAAAACCUAAUGAUUAAUUUUGGCGGAUUAAAUAAUAAUAAUUUGUUAUUACUUUUAAAAUGUUUUUAUCUUAAUUGUAGUUCAAUUUCAUCAUUAGAUUUUAAUUUUUAUCGUAAGAAACAUGAUGAUGAUAUAUCUAAAGUAAUUGAAUCACAAAAAAAUCUCCAAAAAAUUUCUUUUAGUUAUGGUGUUAAUCCUUUAAAAAUUUUAACAAUUUCUAAUUGUUUAAAUACCUUAAAAAUAAUCAUAUUUUAUAAACUUAAUUUAAAAAAUAUUAAUUUUAAUGAAGUAUUUGAACAAUUAAAUGUUUUAGAAUCUAUACAUAUUCUUUAUUGUUUUAAUUUAAAUUCUACAAUUAUUCAACAAAUUAUUAAUCUAACCAAACCAUUUAAACUAAAAUCUUUAUUUAUAGAACAUAAUUCUUUAUUACAAAUUAAGUCAUUAGAAUUAUUGUUACAAAAGUCUGGUAAUUACUUAGAAAAUAUUGGAUUUGAAUCAUCAAUAGAUUAUAAAUUAAAACUAAAAUUAUUUAAAUUGGCCAAAAUUUAUUGUGUUAAUAUCAAAUUUCUAGAAAUGUUUGGAUUUGAUGUCCUUAAUGUUUUUUUAGGAAUUGAUUUAAUUAAAAAUGUUCAACAAAAUCUCAAUUAUCUUUCUAUCAAUUGUUCAGAAAAUAUGCAUGGGCAACAAACUUUUGAUGAUAAAAUUAGUUCAAUUAUAUUACAAAAUUUAGGACAGGUUCUUCCUUAUAGAUUAGAAUAUUUAAGUUUGUUUCUUAAAUUUAAUAUAAAUGAUUUGAAAAUAUUCUUUAAGAAUUCUCAAAAUAUUUUUAUUAAGAAAUUGUUAAUCGGAAAUAAGGUGUAUCUAAAUAGUGAAGACUUUUUAGCUUGUAUUAAGAAAUAUAUUAUGAAAGAAAAAAGAGUCUCAUAUUUAGCUAUGGAUAAUGGUCCUGAUGGAUAUGGAUGGGAGUUUAAAUUAAAAGAUGAAGUAGAAGAGUUUAAAUCUUAUGGUAUUCAAGUUAUGUUUCAUGAUAAUUUAUAUAUUAGAUUUCAUAAUUUAAAGAAUGAAUUAUUAUAUUAA